AUGGACCUGCAACCGAGAGAUGGCUCUGAGCACAGAGUUUUUGUCCGGAACACAUUCCUGGAAGUGCAGGACGAGGACGAAGUCAAUGAAAAGAAUGCCUUGAAAAGAUCGAACAGCUGGAGCGCAUCCUCCAGCAGUUCGAUGAGCUCGGCUGAAGAUUUUGUGCACACCCUGCAGCAACAAGCGGGACCCGGACACAUGACCAACCAUUUCGUUUGGAACAAUGACUCUGAGGUCUCGUCUGAAUCGGCAAUUUCAGGCUCGACAGUGCCGCGCAGCAGUUUGGAGGAUCAACUUCGACAGGAACGGAUGGCACAAGUGCAGGCGAAGAUCAGAGAAUUGACGCAGAACGAUCCCUUGCUUUCGGGAGAGGGUGAUGACAUGCCACCUGCAGAUAUUGUGUAUUCAUGGUCGGCUGGUAGCGCAAACCAUGCAGCCAAGAAGUGCACGCCUUGCAUACACUUCACGACAAAGGCUGGCUGUAAACAUGGUGAUGCUUGCCGUUUUUGCCACCUGGAGCACACGGAGGACUCAAAGCGGGGCCGACAUCGCCCAUGCAAAGCAACCAGAAAUCAGUGCAAGCACCUUCUUUGGCAAAUGAAUGACCUCUACAAAGAUGAUCCCGAACAGAAGCGGAUUGCUUACCAGACCUUGGCAGAACAGAGCCCUUACAUGAAAAGUCCCUCGGCAAAACUGCGACCUCCGAGCAAAACGACCGUCUUGUUGUCAGGAAACCUUCCGCAGAUUUCUUGUGUAGCCUUGAAGAUUCAAAAUGGUUGUGAUACAUCUUUAGCCCAGGAAGCUGUAGCGAAGCGCAGUUGA